AUGUUCUCCUCACUGGGUCAUAUUAACCUUUGGCAGGGUGCAGACUCAUCUGAGCGUAUCAUUGCUCCUAUGCGAUGGGGCUUGGUCCCAUCUUGGUUCAAAGAAGAUGAUCCUUCCAAACUGCAGUUCAACACGAGCAACUGCCGUAGUGAUACCAUAAUGGAGAAACGGUCCUUCAAGGUGCCUCUGGGAAAGGGAAGACGCUGUGUUGUUCUAGCAGAUGGAUUCUAUGAGUGGCAGCGAUGUCAGAACACAAGCCACAGGCAGCCAUACUUCAUCUACUUUCCCCAAAUCAAAACAGAAAAGUCAAGCAGCAUUGGUGCUGCAAGUAGUCCUGAGGACUGGGAGAAAGUUUGGGACAACUGGAGGCUACUAACAAUGGCCGGGAUCUUUGACUGCUGGGAGCCACCACAGGGAGGAGACUGCCUGUAUUCCUACACCAUCAUCACAGUGGAUUCCUGCAAAGGCUUGAAUGACAUCCACCAUAGGAUGCCUGCCAUAUUAGAUGGAGAGGAGGCAGUCUCUAAAUGGCUUGAUUUUGGUGAGGUCUCAACUCAGGAAGCUCUGACGUUAAUCCAGACCUCAGAAAACAUCACCUUCCAUCCAGUCUCUACCGUGGUGAACAACUCCCGAAACAACACUCCUGAGUGUCUGGCUCCUGUUGGCUUAGAGGUCAAAAAGGAGUUCAAGGCAAGUGGCAGCAGCCAGAUGAUGUUGCAGUGGCUGGCCACAAAGUCACCCAAAAAGGAAGACCCCAAAACACCCCAAAAGGCAGAGCCAGAUGUGCCCCAGUGGUCCAGCCAGUUCCUGCGGAAGAGCCCGUUCCCCACCAAGAGAGGAGGUGCAGGAUGUCUGGAGCGAUGGCUGAAACAGGAGAAGGAGGAAGAGCCAGUGGCCAAGCGACCUCACAACCAGUAAUGCAGGACUUUGAGAGACCAAGGUCAUGGUUUGCUGUACUAAAUACUGUUGCUGAUAACAGAUUCUUUCAUUGUGUGUAUAUGGAUUUGCUUUGGGAGGAGGUAGCACAGUGUUAGUUAACAGCUGUGGGUUCAUAGGGGAGUGGCUAACCUGGCUGGGACCAAGAACACACAGAGGGGAUAUGGGAGCCUGGAAGGGGAGCGCCCACCUCCAUCACCUCAUAGGGGUUCACUAUGCCUGCAGCCCUAUCUUGGUAGGACUGAUGGAGCCUUCCUCAAAGCCUGAUCCUGCUGGCAGUUCUCAGCACCUGACCCGGUGCUGCUUAGCCUUUGGGCUCUUUCAGUCUUUUGGAAUUAAGUUCUUAACACAUUAUUUUUUUCUGAAUAAAUUAAAUUUUAUAAACUGUCUGCAUUUCAAAAAAUGCUAUUGGUGGGGGUAGUUCUGGGACUGCUUUUUUGGAAACAAACAAAAAAGGCUUGGUGGCAGGGUUCUUUAUUGAGUCUCUCAAUAAAGUUAUUGGAAGUUGUCUGA